AUGCAAGCAAUUAAAUGUGUCGUUGUCGGUGAUGGUGCUGUAGGUAAAACCUGUCUUUUAAUUUCUUACACCACCAAUGCAUUCCCAGGUGAAUAUAUCCCAACAGUUUUCGAUAACUACAGCGCUAAUGUAAUGGUUGAUGGUAAACCAAUCAAUCUCGGCUUAUGGGAUACUGCUGGUCAAGAAGAUUAUGAUCGUUUACGUCCACUCUCAUAUCCACAAACUGAUGUUUUCUUAAUUUGUUUCUCUAUCAUUUCACCAUCAUCAUUUGAAAAUGUUAAUGGUAAAUGGCAUCCAGAAAUUUGUCAUCAUGCACCAAAUGUUCCAAUCAUUUUAGUUGGUACUAAAUUGGAUAUGCGUGAAGAUAAGGAAACUCAAGAUAGAUUAAAAGAAAAGAAACUCUACCCAAUUUCAUACGAACAAGGUUUAGCUAAAAUGAAAGAAAUCAACGCUGUUAAAUAUCUUGAAUGUUCAGCUCUUACCCAAAAAGGUCUCAAGACUGUUUUUGAUGAAGCCAUUAGAGCCGUUAUCAACCCACCACUCAGCAAAAAGAAGAAAAGUUCAGGUGGUUGCAACAUUUUAUAA